CACUACAUUUAUUUUAACAAUCAUUCUCUAUGGACAAUAAUAUCUGGCUAUAUCUAGUGAACAAUCAUUUACCGCCUCUAUAUAUGAAGUGAAAUUGAAAUUGGCCAAAAACGUUGAGCAAUAGUUACAGUAACAAAAGAACGUAGGGGAGUUUUAAUUAGUACAGGACAUUCGCGAAUUAAUAAUACCUGUAACUUACGCUGGCCUAAGGCAUCAGUGACAGACCAGUAUACAGUAUACUCCAACACUCAACUCCAGACGAAACCUCACCCAGAUCUUGGUCGCUAGGAUGCGCUUCGCUGUUUGGAUCUUUCUGGGAGGGAUCAGCAUCUUAUCAAACUCGCCGGGCAAUCCUUUACCUCAAGGUGUCACAGAGCAGAGCAUCAGCGACCUGCAGAGAAGUGAAUCGAUAAUGGAAGAGGAGGAGGAUACUGAAAUGGAGUGCACAGCGGCGCCAUAUCAGCAAGCGUCAGUGGAAGGCGUCUCGUGCCAACCAGGGAUGUGGAGAUGCUGGGAUGGUACUCAGUGCAUACCACACAACGCUACUUGUUCAGGAGUAACGGAAUGUCUAGACGAAUCGGACGAAGCCGUUUCUCAGUGUGGUUGUCUGCUAGAUGAGUACCAGUGUCGGGACGUGUGUAUCGACGCCUUCAGGAGGUGUGACACUGUCCUUGACUGUCCAGGAGGCGAGGACGAGGAAAAAUGUGAAACUUGGGUGUGCUCAGAGUCUCAUUACAAGUGCACCAACGGCUUUUGUGUUCCCUCCUACGCCGUGUGCAACUUUGUAAACGACUGUGGCGACGCUUCAGACGAACACCAGUGUCAUUACCGAAAGUGCUUCUACGGAGAGUUCACUUGUGCCAACGGGGAGUGUAUCCGCCCUGGCUUGGUGUGUGACGGCAUCCUCGACUGCAUUGACGGCACCGACGAGACUCAGUGCCAACCAGAUGACUUCGCGGUGUGCGGCUCCGGGCGGCGGGUACACAGAUUCUACUGGUGUGAUGGCUGGGCUGACUGUAAUGACAACCACGCAGACGAGCUUAACUGUGGGGAGUGUGGGGAACAGGAGUUCCAGUGCCCCAACAGCCAGUGUAUCCCCCUGGGCAACGUGUGCGACUCUCAGUGUGACUGUGUUGGGUGUUCAGACGAGGACUGUGGAGGACUGUACACUACAGUGUCUGGUGUAGCAGUGUGCAAAGUUGGAGUAGCCAUCACAUGCGUGGUGUCAAACUAUCAACGUCAGAAGGACAGGUGUGUUGCAGCUAAAUACCUCUGUGACGGACUCAACCACUGCCACAACGGGGACCAGGUGUCUGACGAAACAGGCUGUUCGAAGGUGAGCGAGAUGUGCGAGUGGGCGGGGCCAGAUGGGGAGUGGUUCCCUUGUUCGGAAGGCCGCUGUAUCCCCGCCAGGCUACGCUGUGACAGGAAGAUGGACUGUCUCCAUGGCGAGGACGAGGAAGACUGUCCGGCCCCGGAGUGUCUGGGGGGUCAGUGGCGAUGUGAUAGUGGACAGUGUGUUCCACCGACUGACCGAUGUGACCUUCACUUUGACUGUUACGAUAAGUCGGAUGAGCUCUACUGCAAUGAUCACCAGUGCAGCCCAGGUCACGUUAAGUGUCAUACGGGUCAGUGUUUACGUCAGGAUUUCUGGUGUGAUCACAUCCCUGACUGUCCUGACAAGUCCGACGAGCUCUACUGUGAGGACGAGAGCUCGGAGUGUGAACCGCUUGGAUUUUUGUGUGCUAGUCACGGUCAGUGUAUACCAGCAGAGGAACGGUGUAUUGUGUUCCGCGAGCGACACCACGGCUGUGCUGACGGCUCCCACCUACUGAACUGCAAAUCGUUGGAGUGUCCACCUGGGAUGUACAAAUGCCGCUCUGGCCCCUGCCUGGACGCCUCCAAGAAGUGUGACGGCAGCAUUGACUGUCCCGAGACGUGGGAUGACGAGGAUUUCUGCCCAUUUCAGUGUUCCAGGCAGGUGCCAGAGUGUCGAUGCCAUCACCUCGAGGCUGACUGUUCCGGUCUCGGUCUCCAGCAUUUUCCGGACAUUGAGGACAAUAUUAACCGCUUUAAUUUCGCUGACAACAACUUAAAUGUGACCCUCCAAGACAGACCCAUCCAAGGCCACGACAGCAUCGUGUACCUCGACCUUUCGAGAAACCACAUCCAACACAUUAUGAAUGGAACAUUUAAGCAUCUGUGGCGCCUCCGCAUCCUCAUUCUGAGUGAGAACAACCUCACUAGUCUGGUGCAGGGAGCCUUUCAUGGCCUUCACAACCUCAGGUCACUGCAUCUCGGUGGUAACCAGAUUGCUUCACUCAAACCACUUGCCUUCUAUGGCCUGGGAGCUCUUCCAACACUUGACCUUAGCCACCAGCGUCUCGUCUAUAUCUCUCCCCAAGCAUUUGUUGGUCUUCGCAGCCUCACCACACUGACACUCUCCUACAACUUCAUAACUCUCCUGGAUGAGUCGACCUUCACUGGCCUACGUAACCUGAAGAAACUGAACCUGGAACACAACGCUCUUGAGACUCUGAAUGAUAAAAUGUUUCACCACAUACCCAGACUCCACCAUCUGGAGAUGGACGAGUGGCGUCUGUGUUGUCUAGCUCGUCACGUCGAAAAGUGUUUACCUGAAGCCGACGAGUUCUCUUCAUGCGAGGACCUCAUGUCUAACCUGGUGUUGCGGGUGUGCAUCUGGAUACUUGGCUUCAUAGCUCUCCUCGGCAACUCUUUUGUCAUCAUCUGGAGGAGCAUCUACUCUAGUGGCAAUAAGAUGCACUCAUUCCUCAUCGUGAACCUGGGCGUGGGUGACUUUCUGAUGGGGGUGUACCUGAUAAUCGUGGCAGUCGUGGAUCUACAGUACCGAGGAGUGUAUGCUGCUUACGAGCUCGCCUGGAGGACCUCUUCUCUCUGUCGACUGGCCGGCUUCAUAAGCACUUUCUCUUCCGAGCUCUCAGUCUUCACUUUAACAGUCAUCACCGUGGACCGACUAAUCGUCAUAAAGUUUCCCUUCGGUGUGCGGCGGGUGAAGGGUAGCGUAACGCGCUCGGUAAUGGCUGCUGUUUGGGUGUUGGUGGGGUUCCUGUCCGCACUCCCUCUAACACAUCUCGAGUACUUCAAUAAUUUCUACGGUCGUUCGGGUGUCUGCCUGGCGUUACACAUCACUAAUGAGAAGCCUAACGGAUGGGAGUACGCCGUCUUCAUCUUUCUUGUUCUAAACUUGUUGUCAUUCGGGGUGAUCGCCGUGAGUUACGUGUUCAUGUACGUGGCGGCAAGGGACACACACACAGCAGCAAGGACGAGCACUGAAACCCGUGGAAGUGAUGGAGGCAUGGCGAAGAGAAUGACAAUGAUCGUGGCUACGGACGCUGCUUGUUGGCUCCCCAUCAUCUUCCUGGGUAUUGCUUCCCUCUGUGGAAUCACCAUCCCACCGAAGGUGUUUUCGUGGAUAGCGGUAUUUGUUUUGCCACUGAAUGCUGCAAUCAACCCAGUGUUGUUCACGCUCUCGACAGCACCGGUUAGGAAGAGACUUAACUACCUGCGGCAGGGUGUUACCAGCAAACACAAGAGAUCAGCAUCAGCAGUAUCAGGGUCCCGUCUGGCGUCUUCAUACAAGACCCGCAUGGCGACAGACGUGACGGAUAUUGCCCAACAGGGUGACAAUGAUCUUCGAAUACUAAACGUCACCCAUAAGUCUCCUCUCGGGGACAGAAAGGUGGCCAUCAACGGUUCGGAAGAUUCUCUGCCACCCACACUAAAUGGUGAUGAGAGUAUCCAAGCACCUCAGUAUCCACAGAAAUCUUUGUCAUCAGAAGUUUUUCAAGAGGAAACUGAUUCUGGGGCAUUGGAGCUGGUGCCCCUGAAAGAGCUCACUACCACCACUCCUGGCACCAAAAAGGCGUUAAGUCGUAAACACAAUCGAAAGAAGAAUCCCUCCGACAACCGUUACGAUUAAAAGUUACAAAGUUUCUAUUUGCUUAAAGAAAAUUAAGCAAUAACCAUUUUCUAUUAGGUACAUUUACUAUGUACUGAAGAAUGUAUAUUCUUUAUUUUAUGAGUACUCUAUACACCAUAUUAUUCAUCGCACAUACCUUUCAUUUAACCUUACCAAAAGCCGAUUUUCGAAGUUUUUGUUAUUUAUAUGCUUUUGGGGGUAGAAUGGCCAUGCGACUGAAGGUAAAGAACACAAAAUAAAUGCCCUUCUUUUUUUUUAGGCCGAGGUACACACAUUUUUUCUAAAUCAUAUAUGCCCUCAGAUAUCAAAGAUUUAACAAGAGAAACGUGCUCCAAAGGAAAUAUGCAAAGAAACUCAUUAGACAUGGAGAGUCAUUCAGUAGGUGAUGCGUUUCUUUCAAAUUUUAAAAGCAUAAACAGAGCUGGUUGAUAUUGCAGAUUAUUUUAAUAAAUACUUUAUUAACGUUGGUAAAAUUUGUAAUAGGUAAUAUUGAAGCGGGAGAUAAAAAUUUUCACUUACUUUCAAAAAUGAAAGAAUCUUUAUCACAACAUCUACUGUAAUAAUGUUCCAAUAUGUAGAUGGGUUCGAAAGUGCCCUGAAAAAGCAUUUUCUGAGUAUUCAAAUCAAGCACAAUUUUAGGAAUGCUAUCUCUCAAAAGGCUCAUCCAUUCUUGUCUUCACUAAUGUAUAUGAUGGCCAAAUUAAAUAGGUAUAUUUCAAUAACUGUUACAAACUAAUAGAUCUCACUGUUGAUACAAUUAAACUCAAGAUCUGAUAUUAUUGUAUUAUUAUUUUGUGUGCAGUAUACUUGUAUAUUUUUAUGUACCUUUGUCCAUACAGUCUCCAAUUAAGAAAUAAAUAUUAAA